CGAGCCCGGCUUUUAGGCGGUCGGUGUCCGCGCCCGGCCGAUGCACAGCCGCAGUGAGGACCCAGCCCUGGAAGGGAGAGGGACGCUGUCCCCGCGGCACUCGCGGAGCCGCGGUCCCAAGACCGCCGCGUGGCGCCCAGCAGACAGGCGCGUCCGCGGGCAGCCUGCGCGCCGAGGACCCCGGCGGCGGCGCGGGUGGCGGGAACCAGGAAGCUUCAAAGCGGAGCGUGGGCUCUGCGCGGUGCGGCGAGAUGAAGCUGCACUGCGAGGUGGAGGUGGUCAGCCGGCACUUGCCGGCCUUGGGGCUGAGGAACCGCGGCAAGGGGGCCCGCGCCGUGCUGAGCCUCGGUCAGCAGGCGCCCAGCAGCGGGCCGGGUGGCCCGCGCCGCGCCUGCCUGCUCGUCUCCACGCUGAAGGACCGGCGCGGGACCCGCUACGAGCUAAAGGAGAACGUUGAGCAACUAUUUACCAAAUUCGCGGAUGAGGGGAAAGCCACUGUUCGUUUAAAGGAGCCUCCUGUGGAUAUCUGUCUAAGUAAGGCCAAUUCCAGCAGUUUAAAGGGUUUCCUUUCAGCUGUGAAACUGGCUCAUAAAGGCUGUGAUGUUGAAGCACCGCUCUCAUUGCUCACACCGGUGAAGACUUCAGAAUUUGAAAAAUUUAAAACUAAAAUGGUUAUCACAUCCAAAAAGGAUUAUCCUCUAAGCAAGAACUUUCCAUAUUCUCUGGAACAUCUUCAGACUUCUUAUUGUGGGCUUGUCCGAGUUGAUAUGCGUAUGCUUUGCUUAAAAAACCUUAGGAAAUUAGACUUGAGUCACAACCAUAUAAAAAAGCUUCCAACUACAAUUGGAGACCUCAUACACCUUCAAGAACUGAACCUGAGUGACAAUCAAUUGGAGUCAUUUAGUGUAGCCUUGUGUCACUCUACACUCCAGAAGUCACUUCGGUGUUUGGAUCUCAGCAAGAACAAAAUCAAAGCACUCCCUGUGCAGUUUUGCCAGCUCCGAGAACUUACAGAUAUAAAACUUGAUGAUAAUGAAUUGAUUCGAUUUCCUUUCAAGAUAGGACAACUAACAAACCUUCGUUUUUUGUCAGCAACCCGAAAUAAGCUUCCAUUUUUGCCUAGUGAAUUUAAAAAUUUAUCCCUUGAAUACUUGGAUCUUUUUGGAAAUGAUUUUGAACAACCAAAAGUCCUUCCAGUUAUAAUGCUGCAAGUGCCAUUAACUUUAUUGGAGUCUUCCGCACGAACCAUAUUAAAUAAUAGGAUUCCAUAUGGCUCCCAUAUCAUUCCAUUCCAUCUUUGCCAAGAUUUGGAUACUGCGAAAACCUGUGUUUGUGGAAGAUUCUGUCUAAAAAGUUUUAUUCAAGGAACUACUACUAUGAAUCUACACUCUGUUGCUCACACUGUGGUCUUGGUAGAUAAUAUGGGUAGUACUGAAGUACCUAUUAUCUCUUACUUCUGUUGUCUGGAGUGUUAUGUAAAUUCCUCUGAUAUGUUAAAGUAAUAGAUGAUACCACAAAAAGAAAUUUCAUUUAUGGCCAGGUGCAGUGUCUCACACCUGUAAUCUUAGCACUUUGGGAGGCCAAGACAGGUGGAUUGGUUGAGCUCAGGAGUUUGAGGCCAGCCUGAGCAAGAGUGAGACCCCCAUCUCUAAUAAAAAUAGAAAACACUAGCUGGGCAUCACGGUGGGCGCUUGUAAUCUGAGCUACUUGGAAGGCUGAGGCAAGAGGAUCACUCUAGCCCAAGAGUCUGAGGUUGCUGUGAGCUAUGAUGAUCCCACAGCACUCUACCCAGGGCAACAGUGAGACUUUGUCUCAAAAAAUAAAUAAAUAAAAUAAAAGAUUUCAUUUGAUUACAUAGCAGUUGGGAUUCAUUUAUGAUGUAACAGUGUCACAUAAGAGAAAAGGAAGCUUUUUGUAAAAUCUCUUGAGAGAAGGAGUAUGUGUUUUUCUUUUUUUUUUUUUUUUGUAGAGACAGAGUCUCACUUUAUUGCCCUUGAUAGAGUGCCGUGGCCUCACACAGCUCACAGCAACCUCCAACUCCUGGGCUUAGGCGAUUCUCUUGCCUCAGCCUCCCAAGUAGCUGGGAUUACAGGCACCUGCCACAACGCCCGGCUAUUUUUUGGUUGCAGUUUGGCCGGGGCCGGGUUUGAACCCACCACCCUCGGCAUAUGGGGCCGGCGCCCUACCCACUGAGCCACAGGCGCCGCCCGAGUAUGUGUUUUUCUAACAAGUCAUUUGAGUCCAAAACUUUAAUUUCAUUAAAAAUGAAUUUAAUUUUACUGUGUGGUUACAUUUUUAUCAGUUUAUUGCAUUUAUGUUGAUUUCAGACUGUAGUCUCCAGGAUGGGUUGUGGGGCUCUCUUUUAAUGUUAAACAGAUAAUGAUCCAAAUUACUCUGUUCCUAAGAAUUUUAUCACCUUUGUUUUGAUAUUUUAACUAAAGUUUGACUUUCUUUAUAGAAAAUAUACCUUGAAGGACUAAUGCUCUAAAUUAUACUGAAAACUUGUUUAGUAUGAAACUAUAUAUAUGUAAGUUUUUUAAUUGUAUUCUGUGUGUCGAAUUUAUAUUUACCAACCAUAAAAUAGAAACUGCUUUGGGAAAAACAGACUUUAGCUUUUACAAAUUGUAUAAUGCUCACAAUCUUUAUUGUGACUUUUGAGUUUUUUAUUUGGGGGCUGGAUGGGAGAGGGAGCAGAAAAUUGCUACUUUUUAAUGAUUAAAUUCUGUAUUUGAGGGGGCUUUUUUGUUUUAUUUUGUUUUGUUUUGAGACAGAGUCUUACUUUGUCACCCUUAGCAGAGUGCUAUGGCAUCACCAGCUCACAGCAACCUUAAAUUCUUGGGCUUAAGCAGUUCUCUUGCCUCAGCCUCCUCGACACCCCUCCUUUUUUUUUUUUUUUUUGUAGAGACAGAGUCUCACUUUAUCAUCCUCAGUAGAGUGCCAUGGUGUCACAGCUCACAGCAACCUCCAACUCCUGGGCUUAGGUGAUUCUCUUGCCUCAGCCUCCUGAGUAGCUAGUACUACAGGCGCCCGCCACAAUACCUGCCUAUUUUUUGUUGCAGUUUGGCCAGGGCUGAGUUUGAACCCGCCACCCUCAGUAUAUGGGGCCGGCACCCUAACCACUGAGCCACAGGUGCUGCCUCAACACGCCCCUAAUUUUUUUUUUUUUUUUUAAUUUUUUUGCAGUUUUUGGCUGGGGCUGGGUUUGAACCUACCACCUAUGGUAUAUACAGCCGGCGCCCUACUCCUUUGAGGCACAGGUGCCUCCCACCCCUCACCCCCCUAUUUUUAUAGAUGAGGUCUCACUCUGCCUCAGGCCUGCCUUCAACUCCUGAGCUCAGGCAAGCCACUCACCUCAGCCUCCCAGAGUGCUAGGAUUACAGGCACAAGCCAGGCAUGAGCCACGGUGCCCAGCUAGAGUUUAUAUUAUUAUUUUUAAGUUUAUAGUACUACACCAACUAAAUGAUGAUUUGAACUAAGACCAAAGAAUAGAAAAGUAACUGAUUUGAAAGAAUCAUGGAAAUUCUAUUCAUUCCCACUGCCCUAAUAAAUCAACCUCUCCAGAAGACCAUUACCUCAAAACUUUUUUGUGAACAAAAAAGAAAGUCAAACUUACUGGAGAAAACCCUCUCCAACAUUAGCAUGAUUUAAUUGCUGCUUUGGGCUUGGCAGUAGGGUCUUCCUAGUGCCAUAGCACUGUACUAAAGGUGACAAAGUAAGACUCUGUCUCAAAACAAAACAAAAUAAAACAAAUUUUUUUAAAUUUCCUCGCUUAUUUUUUAUUUUUAUUUCUUUGCUUUUUGUUGUUGAGACAGUCCCGCCCUAUGCCCUGAGAAGAGUGCAAUGGUGUCAUAGCUCACUGCAACCUCAGGCUUGGGCUGUGGGCGUCCUGCUGCCUCAGCCUCUGGAAGCUGCUGGGAUUACAGGCUCUUGAAAUGCUGACUUCAGUAUAUCUUGAUUCUCAAAAUAAACGAAACUUUCAUUGUAUUCUCCAGCUAACAGGUCUGUAACAACUCCAUGUAAGGUUGAAUAAUUAAGUUCAGAAACUCAUCCUAGAAAAAAUGCUACAUUAUCUCAUUGCCUAGUAUCACUAUAGUCCUCUUUGAAGUACUCUCCUUGGGAGAGUACUUGGGAAGCUAUGCACCAACGCCAACACCUAGUCCACCUUCAAAACACUUUUCCUAGGAUGAGUUCAAAGCCUUAAUUAUCAGACCCUCAAACAAGGACAGCUCUGAUGGUCAUUCCAGAAAAUGUUCUAAAAUUGCUUUGAGGUGGUGCCUAUGGCUCAAAGGAGUAGGGCACCGGCCCCAUAUGCUGGAGGUGGUGGGUUCAAACCCAGCCCCGGCCAUAAACUGCAAAAAAUAAAUAAAUAAAAAUCUCUAAAACAAACAAAAAAAAAAGGGUGGCACCCAUGGCUCAAAGGAGUAGGGUGCUGGCCCCAUAUGCCGGAGGCAGUGGGUUCAAACCCAGCCCUGGCCAUAAACUGCAAAAAAUAAAAAAAUUUAAAAAUUUAAAAAAAUUGCUUUGAAGGGUGGAUUAGGCACUGGCAUUGGUGCAUAGCUUCCCAAGGGGAGUACUUCAAAGGUGACCAUAGUGAUAUUUAGCAAUGAGGUAUGUAGCACUUUUUCUAGAGUUAGUGAACUUAAUUGUCCAAGGUUGUAUUCUUCAAAUGAUCCACCUAAAUCAUCCUGCCCAUCAUUGACCUUUGCUAACUGGGGAAAAAGUUCAUCAGAAAUUUCCUUUUGAAGAAGUGUUUUGAAAAAAGGA